AUGGGGGGAGAGGCCAGGAGGGGAGAGGCGGGGUUGAGGUGUUGCGACACGGGAGAUGGCGGGUGGUGUAUGCGGGUGCAGGCGGGGGGAGGGGGGUGGAACGUGGGUGGGUGGGAGGUGGGGGGGGGCAGGGGUGGGGGGGGUGGUGGGGGAGGGAGGGGAGGGGGACGUCAGGGGGGGGUACUGAAAAGUGGGGGAGUGGGUUGGUGGGGAAUGGGUGCAUCACUGUGUGGCAUUUAUUCGGAUGGGAUCGGUGGAGUUUGUUUGGUUGUGCUAGUUCUGGGAGUGAAGAGUAGUGGUCGGCUCAGUGCGGAAGGAGGAGCACGGUCUGGGAUCGAUGUGCUCCGUCUGCCCCAUGGUCUGCCCUCUCGGUUGAUCAUCGUGGAGCCCGGCGCUCUCAUAAAUCACACUGAAGCUGACGCUGAUCCCGAGCCUCUGCUCCACUCAUUACUGCCCUCGCUCUCGGUAUAA